AUGGAACGAAUGGAUACGAGCGAAGAGGAUGGCUUCCAAGAGAGAUCAAAGGUAUUCGUCAACUGGCUGAAGGAGAACGGUGCUUCAAUCUCCGCGAAGAUCAAAUUGGACGAUCUGAGACUGCAGAAUGCAGGUCGAGGUGUUGUGGCUGUCCAAGAUCUCAACGAAGACGAGGAGUUGUUCAGCAUACCGCGAUCGAUAAUACUGACCACAGAGACUUCAAGCAAUGGCGAAGCGGCACUGAAAGAGGUUGACGAUCCAUGGCUGUCCCUCAUCGUAGUCAUGGUCCUGGAGUACCUUGAUGGUCCACAGUCACGAUGGCAGCCAUACUUCGACGUUCUCCCCGAAUCAUUCGACAGUCUGAUGUUCUGGUCCGACGCCGAGCUUCAAUGCUUGGAGGGCAGCACGGUCGUUGACAAGAUUGGCAAAGAAGGCGCAGAUGCAGUCUUCAGCGAACAGCUGAUACCUGUCAUCGGGAAGAUCAACAAGAACAUCAGCUUGAGCAACGAAGAUUUGCUACGACUUUGCCAUCGCAUGGGCUCGACGAUCAUGGCAUAUGCCUUCGACCUAGAGAAGAGCUCGGACCAAGCGAAGAGUGACGAGGAAGAGUGGGAAGAAGACUCGGACGCUGGAGCGACGCUCCCAAAGGGCAUGGUGCCUCUCGCAGAUAUGCUCAAUGCCGACGCCGACCGCAACAACGCCAAGCUAUUCUACGAAGAUGACAAAGUGGUCAUGAAGACGAUCAAGCCAGUCAAGGCUGGCGAAGAACUGUACAACGACUUCGGCUCCCUGCCUCGGGCAGACUUGCUGCGAAGAUAUGGAUACGUCACGAACAACUAUGCUCAGUACGAUGUGGUUGAGAUACCAGCAGAACUGAUCAAGGAGAAAGCGGGAUUGCCGGGUAAAGAGCUCGACGAAAGAUGGCAAUACGCAGAUGAGCAGGGUGCCGUCGAUGAUGGCUACGACAUCUCUCGUGGAGACAGCGAAGACGGACAAUUCCCGGAGGAGCUUUGCGUACUGCUCAACUUGCUUGCGACGCCGAAGGCCGAGUUCGACAAGCUGAAGAAGAAGGACAAACUCCCAAGGCCAGAUUUGACGACGGAGGCCAAGAAGCUGUUGCGUACCAUCUUGGUCUAUCGCUAUGCGGCAUACCCUACCAGUGUCGACGAUGGACACGUCGAUGAAAGACGGCGCGAGAUGGCCCGAGCCGUCAUGCAGGGCGAAAAGGAGAUCUUGCAAGAAGCUGUCGAUGCCAUUUCGGACCUUUCAGCGGGAAAGAAGCGAUCUGCGAAUACUCUCGAGGACGAGGCCGCCGCGAUCAGACAGCCUGCCAAGAGAUGA